GAUUCCUGAUGCAGUAUCAAAAUCAGGAGAGGCCCACUGGUUCGCUCGUUCAAUUGAACGAAGCACUGGAAUUACAAGUCAUCGAAAUGGCACCGAACGGCAGCAAGAAGAUACAAGUUCGGAAGAAGACGUGGAAACCGAAGACGAGGACUGGUUGUGUUACCUGCAGGAUCCGAAGAGUAAAAUGUGAUGAAGCAAAGCCAGCAUGUGACCGGUGUUCUUCCACGGGACGCAGAUGCGAUGGAUACGCCACACCGACUCCUCCGCUUUCUCAUCAAGUCGCUCUACCACACCAACGAUCGCCCCUCUUUGUGGCGCCAUCAGAAUUCCAGCUGGGGUCCAUCGAUGAACAGCAGGCCUUCUUUUUCUAUAGGCAGCACUCAGCAUUUGAGCUCUCUGGAUUCUUCGAUUCUAGUUUCUGGCAGUUUGAAGUCCUUCAAGCGGCACAUUCCAACCCGGCCGUAAGACAUGCGGUGGUUGCUCUGGCCGCCAUGCACCGAGUUUUCGUCGUCAGUCACAUGCCCGUUGUGCCCGACGACGCAUCAGACAAGCAAUUGCGGUUUGCGUUGCAACAAUGCAAUCGAUCCAUUCAAGAAGUCAUCAAAUCACCCGCUCGGAAAACAAUUGCGGAUAAGAUCAAUAUGAUGACUUGUUGCAUUCUGUUCGACUGCUUGGCUUGUAUACAAGGCCAUCAGAGCAUCGCAUUCGAUCAUCUCCGGAGCGGGUUGAAGAUCCUUAAGGAGGUUGACGAUGAAUUGGCUGCCGGCAUUCAGGACGGAACUGCGCAUCCCGUAUCUUUGAGUAGCCUCCGGACGAUGUUUGUGGACAUGGAUACCCAGGUAAGAGGAGUAAUGAGUGACGAUGAUCUUGUGAGCUGGGAGCCACAGCCGAAACGGGAUCCUAUUGUCCAUCAGACUGCCUUCGUGGCAUUCAGCCAAGCCCACUCCUACCUUGAAGCAAUAUUCAACGAUCUCCUAGCGUUUGUACAGGAUAUGGACGUCAGACCCCCAACGAGUGACACCCAAGUCCAGGCAGCUCGUGUGGAGUUUAGGCGAUUGCAGAGUCAGUAUGAAGCCGGGAAUAGGCUUUUGGAGGAAUUUCUUUCCCUUCAUCCGGCGACAGUCAGCACUGAAUCAAGGAUUGGAGUUGGACUUAUUCAAACUCAGGUCAGAAUUCUCCUGAUUGCCCAGAAGUACUGCGAGGAAAGGAAGGAGAUAGACUGGGAUAUUUUGGAGCCAGAAUUCCAAGAGAUACUUAGCCUCGCAUGUGAGCUAUUAGGAGCGGAUCCAAACUGCACGCUGUCCUCUGGAGCUGUCCCUGAGGAAUACUAUAAUUUUCCAGCGGAUCGGGCCAGCACUCUGCCAACAAUGUUCGCACGACCAGUAUUUUCCUCCGGUUCUAAGCUGCUGUCAGGUUUGUGGCUAGCCUCAACUCGCUCGAGAAAUCCAACUAUGCGUCGGAAGGCCAUUGGCCUGAUGCUGGAAUAUCCUCGUCGAGAAGGGGUCUGGGACAGUAUAUUGGCGGGACGGAUUGCCUGGGAACUUAAUAUGUUUGAGGAGUCCGCUCUAAAUGGCGACUUAUGCGAAUUUCCAGAACAGUCUGCUCGAAACUUUCCGCAGACCUCGAAUAUACCCGAGUGCAACAGGGUCCGAGACGUUCUUAUCACCUACACUGGCUUGCGGCGGGCGGAUGUGGAAUUUAGGAGUAAGAAGCAGUACGAAGAGGGAGAAAGGGGAAUACUAAGACGGUUUGCCUGGUAAACGAAGGGACCAAAGGAGAGAGAGGCAACACUUACUCGCUUAGCGUAGCACAAAGUACAUAGUAUGGCGUACUGGAGCAUAGCACCGAUAGACUUGGCGUAGGGAAAUGGUUCUUCACGAUAACCUGUUGGUAGAGUAAAAGGGUUGUUAAUAGGGUGCAAAUUGUUCCACAAGCAAGAUUCUAGGCACAUCGGAGGUUGUCAAUACCAUUGAAGAGCUGAUGCUGGACUUCUACCGUAGGGCUUUCGAUGUUCAUCAA